CUUGCCCAUGCCUAUCCAGGCAUGAACAAGGUUCUCUCUGAGAUCAAGGCCCGACAAGACAACGAUACCCAAUUUGACUCGAAAGAGCUCAUCGGAGACCUCUUGAACCUCACGGACUCACAGCUGACCCCGGUUGGUCGCUCAGUCAAGAACAUCAUUACCGACAAUGGAGAGGAUGGACAAUCGAACGAGGCAUACCCGAACGUCCCGCCUCGCGACACUCCCGAGUGUGCCGCAGACACCUGCUGUAUCUGGCACUACAUAUCCGCCGACAUGGCCUCCAAGUUCCGUGGCUGGUCCAAGGCGACCAGCCCCUUGGGUGGGGCCGAUGGCAGCAUCGUCCUCGCGCCAGAGGAAAUGACACGCCCACCGAACCGCGGCCUAGAGCCCAUCGUGGCCCAGUUACAGGACUGGUUCGACGAGUACAACGAGUACGGGGCCGGCAUGGCCGACCUGAUCCAGAUGGCGAGCACGACCGCCACGGUCGUCUGUCCCCUUGGUCCCCGGGUGAGGUCCUUUGUGGGCAGGAAGGACAGCUCCGUCCCGGCGCCGGACGGGUUGCUACCCAGCCCGUUUGCAAGCGCGGAUAACCUCAUCUCGCUGUUCCGCAACAUGACUAUUGAGCCGCAUGGUCUCACUGCCCUCCUGGGCGCGCACACGACGUCGCAGCAGAGGUUUGUCGACCCCGCGAGGGCUGGCGACCCCCAGGACAGCACCCCUGGCGUCUGGGACGUCUUAUUCUACAAGCAGACGCUCGAUAGCAACGCCCCAAGGAGGGUCUUCAAGUUCCAGAGUGAUAUCAACUUGUCAAAAGAUCCUAGGAUCGUGACCGAGUUCAGGGAAUUUGCAGGCCCCGGCGGACAACAGCACUGGAAUGAGGAUUACGCCAGGGAGUACGUGCGACUGAGCCUUCUGGGAGUGUUCAACAUCAACAACCUGACGGAGUGCACAAAGGUCUUGCCACAACCGAGUGCCCCAUCCUUCAACCCUCCCGACCAGCCAGUCCUAAACACAUGGAUGAACAUCACGCGUCAGAUUGAGCCAUUCGCAAAGGCUGUCAUGGACGGAAACAACCUCUCAGGCCUGAUGGGAAUGCUUACUGGGCAAGGUAGUGGGUCAACUUCUGGACAAGGUGGCCUGCCAACCCCUAGCCAGCAAGACGGACAAACCGCCACGCAGAAUGGGGCCCAGGCUGCUGGUAACCAGGGAGGUCGGAAGCCAUGCAAGCGUGGGCUCCUGAAGCGGUCCUGA